CUGUUUCGCUGAAAAUCUUUUUGAAGCUGUUUACAAAAUAAUACACACGUUAAUUUGAUUUGCAUAGGAAGUGCAUAUAAUAAAUAUUUAUAUGUAAAAAUUUGUUUUAAAAUGUAAACACGUCGAAUUUUUGUUCCUCCGAGCAUGUCCAAGACGAUUUCGUCUGACAUGGACGAUAGUCGAGACAGUGCAGGCACCGGUGCGUCAGAAAAAGAUAGCAAAGAAGUUCCUCGCAAGUCGACUACCUCGCCUCGUUGCAGCAGCAGUUUUUCCGUACUGCAUCGUCAGAAACUGGGCAAAUACAGCUUCAAAUCUCUGACUGCUCUGAGCGUCAAGGAUUCGUUGGAGAACCUGCAGAAGAUACGCCGCAGAAGCGAUGGCUCGAGGCGCAUCUUCUUCAGCAAAGGAUCCAAUAACAGUGUUGGUUCUGAAAAACGAGGCAGAAAGAAGUACUCGCGAAAGAGGUUCGACAAGCCAAACGUGUCCGAAGUCAACAUCCGCAAGGUUACCCACGAGUUGACCGGAGACGAGAAGGAUAAAUUGGUGAGCGUCGUCAGUAAGAAGAAAUUAGGAAAAUCAGCUCAGAGCUCCGAUGCGUCCAAGACUAAUACAGCCGUGGAUCAGCUAGACGAGAACGAGAACAUCGAAAAUAACAACUCGAUAAAUGACAAAGACUCUCCUCGCGAGAUUUUGCAGCAUCUCGAGAAAUUGAGGCUCAGCGGCGAGGGCUCCUCGGAUUUCGAGCCGAGCAUCAUCGCGCAAAAUCUCGAGGAAGCCAAGAGCGUAAUAGAUUACGGCUCGGGCGAUGUUAGACAGGACUUUUCGCUCGACUUGAAUCUCGGUCUGUCGGACGAGAAGUUCGCCGGCAUGGCCUGCGCCCAAAUAUUCGACUCCAAGAGGCGAAGUGUACAGUGGAAGCACGAGGUGGACGUCAUUUAUUACGCUGGAGACGCCGAUGGCGAGAAAAUUGUUCGUCGCGAAAACGAACCUUUGCGUGAAGAAGCGGAGCAACAGGCCCGGCGCAACAGAUUUAUCAAGCUGGCUUUGACCAAGAACUUAUUGUCUAAUGUGAGUGCUUGCCAACUUCGCGACCCUUGGCUCGUUGUGAUGCCCAAGUAACUGUCUUUUCUUAAAAAAAAAAUCGACGAUUUAUCGUUUAUUUUAUACUCGUGUAUUUCGUUGGUGAACAAGAGUGCGCGCGUGUGUGUGAUUCUCACGUGGUGUGUAAGAAAAUUUUGCUGUUUCCUACACUUUUGAUAAUUCUUUAUAAAUAAAGUUUUGAGAAUGAAAAUCGAAA